GGAUCGUAUAAGUUUUUAUUUCGCUUUUACUUCGUUCUCCUCUCCCUCCCGCCACCACUUCUUCGUUUCUUCGACGAUUUUCUACCAUUUUUCUUCACGCCGUUAUCAGGAAAUCCAUCGUGCACGCCCCCAACACCCCCGACAUGGCUUCGGCAAUCAAGGCGCUGUUGAUCGCUUGCGCUCUGUUCGUCUACACCGUUGCGGCAGAAACGGAAGAAGGACAGAGUGGAAGAUCGCGGGUCUCCGACGAGCAAUUAAAUAUGGCCUUGAGCGACCAACGUUACUUGAGAAGACAGCUGAAGUGCGCAUUGGGCGAAGCUCCGUGCGACCCGGUCGGGAGAAGAUUGAAAAGUUUAGCACCACUGGUUUUGAGAGGCGCCUGCCCGCAAUGUAGCCCCGAGGAAACACGACAGAUCAAGAAGGUCCUUUCACACAUUCAACGAACCUAUCCAAAGGAGUGGUCGAAGAUAGUGCAGCAGUAUGCCGGAGUUUCGUAAGGCUUCGGGAUAAUGGAAACGGCUAAGAAGAAAACAACUGGAUGCUGGAUACACACUAUAAAGAGAAAAAAUAUGGAACAGCAGGAGGAUCUGUUUAGAAUAGCCGAAUAUCGAUGAUAUUCAAUAUUUAACGUCCCUUUAUCUUUCGAUAAAGAUAUCGAACUCGCCAGCAACUAUUCCGAUUAAUCCGUUAUAUAUAUAUAUAUAUAUAUAAAAACAGUAUUUUAUAAUACACUUGUACGUCGUAAUAAAAUUUGUUUUUCGAAA